UGGUCUAUUUUAAUUAUAUAUUUAUGUUAAUUUCAGGUGAAGUGAAGAGAAAUGGAAGUCAUUAAUUUUAGAACCGUUAUUGUGCCCGAAGAGAAAUAUGCCACAGAUGAUGACAUAGCGAAGAAAUUUAAGACAUAUCUCGAACAGCUGACAUUUCACUUUGAAGCAUGUGGUCUGAUGGACGUCAGUCUCAGCUUUUUGAAAGUGAAAAAAUCUGAAGAAGAAGAUACCCCAGAAAUAGAAGAACUUAUCAUUCAAGUUUCUGCCAAGUGUUUGCUAAGAGACCAAAAUUGGGUGCACUACUGUCGACAGUUGCGCAGUGAAUGGAAGAACUUAUUUUAUCCAAACCCCACCCCAAUUUUGGCUUUUUAUGAAAGCAAAUCUUUCAGCUCCUCACGCAAGCAUUCUCACGUAUACACUGCAUACAAGACUAUUAGUUUUGGAAUUUUACCACAUGAUGGAGCCUUUCAUCAGUACUCCUCACUGGAGUCAGAUCAGAGUUUAGACUCUCACCACGUGAAUUUUUAUCACGAUAGUCGGUCUGUUACUAUAAAAUACGAAGCUUGGGAAUUAGUUUUCCCUUACAGUAAUAUUAAAAAUGUAUUUGUCAAUAUCGAUUCGAAUUCUCAUGAAAUAUUUUUUGAUUUGUGCAACCCACCUCUUAUUUUUGAAACUGAACAACGUUACAGUAAAUAUAUAGGAAAUUAUCAAAUAAGACACAGAUCUGCUACCAUUACGACUGGUCCGAGCUGUUGGGUUAGAAGGAGGAAUAAUAAUUAUUUGCCUGUCGGCGAAAGGAGAGCAUUAUUUGACGUUGAAACGCUUGGAAAAGCUACGGUUAUGAAACUAUCAUUUACAAAUGCUAUCGUCGUUGAAGAGAUCGUUAGCAGAAUUCAUGCCAGGUGCGGUGAAAAACCAAUACAUUAUGCCUACAUUGUUACUAAGCAGAAAGAAAAACCUGACAUUCCUGACGUCAAUUGGAAUCAUUUCGGAUCUACAUACAUGAUAACAUCGAUUUUUAAAAGAAGUUUUACAGUUCCUUCUCAAACAUCCAACAUACAUACCUCUCUACGUGUUUUAGAAAAAUUUUCUUUGCAAAAUGGAGAUUGUCUCGAAAAAGCAUUAACACUCGUCUUAUCGACUUUAGAAUCAGGGAAGAUCAUGAACUAUUGGCACGCCAUUGAGCGACAAUAUUACUUUUAUCUUAAUCACAAAGAUGAAAUGGAUUACAUGCACUAUAUCGUGCCCGAGAAGUGCCGAUUAAUCCGUCGCAUAACUGUGACACCCACGCGUCAAUUGCUUUGGCCACCUGAAAUUAUGUUCGGUAAUAGAGUUUUGAGAAAAUUUGAUCCAGAAUACGCCAUUCGGGUAUCAUUUAGAGAUGACGACAAUUCUCGAUUAAGUUUCAACGCUGCAAAUGCUGAGCCAAAUAUUUUGGAAUACUCGAUCCGUAAACCAAUGUCUACAGGAAUACUCAUUGGAUCUCGCCACUAUGAGUUCCUGGCUUGGUCUAAUUCCCAGAUUCGUGAUCAUGGCAUAUGGACAUACGCUAGAGAUACUGAAGGUAAUACGGUUCAGCAUAUCCGAUCGUGGAUGGGAGAUUUCUCUCACAUUCACUCUGUUCCCAAGUAUAUGGCGAGAAUGGGGCAAUGUUNUUUUGUGCGCAAUGUUCUGGGCCAUGAUAAACUCUGCAGUGCAUUCCAGAUACGGUAUGGUGGCUAUAAAGGCAUGCUGGUAGUAGAUCCUACCUUAAAAGAUGCGGACAUAGUGUUUCGAAAGAGCAUGAAAAAAUUUGAUUCCCCUCAAAAUCAAAGAUUGGAAAUCGCUAAAACAAGUGCUCCAAUCAGCCUCCAGUUGAAUAGACCAUUCAUUACUCUGCUGAAUGACUUGGGAGUGCGUCACAGGACAUUUUUGAGACUGCAAGAAAGUAUGCUCCGCAAUUUGACUGACAUGCUCUUCGAAGAGGAACAAGCUGCCGCAUUUUUGGCUUCCAAAACACCCUCGGAGAUUUUUAAGUACAAAGAAAUAUCUAAAUCUGGAAUUUUUCUUACGACAGAACCUUUCUUUAGGUCGCUGUUGCUCGCUCUUCAUCGUCAUCACGUUGAGAAUAUCAAAAAAAGAGCAAAUAUUAUAAUUGAUCCCAGCCUUGGACGAAAUAUGUUGGGGGUACUGGAUGAAACAGGAUUGCUUCAAGAAGGGGAAGUAUUUGUUAAGUAUACAAAAGAUAUUUCAAAAGGUGAAACAACACACGAUACAGUCAUAUUAAGAGGUGAAGUGUUAGUGACCAAAAAUCCAUGUGUUCUGCCUGGAGAUGUGCGGAAGUUCACUGCUGUUGAUAGAGCUGAAGUAACACGAAGACUAGGACAUAUUGUGGAUUGUAUUGUAUUUCCUCAGAAUGGAAGGAGACCUCAUCCUACCGAAAUGUCUGGUUCUGAUUUAGAUGGGGACGAGUAUGCUGUUUUGUGGUUUAAAGAUUUGAUUUUCCAUGCCGCCAAUCACCGGCCUGGUCAUUUUCCAAGUGCUUCCAUUCCAGACAAGGCAGUUAUUACUGUGAAUGACAUGAUUGAGUGUUUAAUCAACUACAUAAAAAAUGAUCAAGUUGGAACAAUUGCGAAUGCACACCUUGCUCAUGCUGACCGAGAUGAUAUUUUCUCCGAAAUUUGCAUCGAUAUAGCUAAGAAGUAUUCCUAUGCUGUCGAUUUUGCCAAGACUGGUGUGAGUAAAAGUUUAGAUCAAGAAGAACGUCCAAACGUUUUUCCUGAUUUUAUGGAGAAGCACCACAAAGAGACGUACAAAUCAAAGAAGGCACUUGGAAAAAUGUUCCGUGUGGUUAAAGACUUCGAGUCCGAGAAUGAAUAUGCUAGCAUUACGUACCGCGAUGUACUGGUAGACCAAGAUUUAAUAUUUCCCGGAUGGGAAAUAUAUAGAGAAGAUGCUGUCAAGUCAAGGAACAAGUUCAACACGUUACUCAAAACUGUACUAAGAAACUACGGAAUACAACACGAAGCAGAAGUAUUUUCUGGUGCCUUCACAAACCUACAUUGCCGAUUCCAGGAGAGAAAAGACAAAGCAGAAAUUGAAAAAAUUGUUGUGCGAUGCAUCAAGAGACUAGCUAAAAGUAUGCGAGAGGAAUUUUUAGAAGAAUUCAAGGAGUACAGUAAUAUCAACGAAGCUUACCUAGGUAUGUUACGCAAAGCUUCAGCUUGGUAUGUUGUUACAUAUCGUGAUGGUGAUGGAAAAAUCCUGAGCUUCCCAUGGACGGUAUCCGAUUACUUGGCAAACAUUAAAGUUAAAAAAGUGCCUACUCAAGAGUCAUUGUUUUCACCAAUUGUUGCGAAAAUGGACCAGCAAAUUAAAUCCGCAGAUUCUCAACGAUGGUUACCCAAUUUCUCGGAAUCGAAUGAAUGGAAUCAAUAUAAUUAUCUGUGUGGUGAUCCCAACAUUGUCAAAAGCGCUCUGCGUGUGUUGAUAUUAUGGGCUGAAGACGAAGACAUAAUUGAAAAACCUGGUGGAAGAGUGGAGGGACUCAUGUUCAAGAGUAGUUUUAUUAAACUUUUCCUUCAUGUUGCUGAAGUUUCGCAAUAUAUAAUUAAAAAAGAUAAACAAUAUGACAUACCAAAGGGAAAACUUUUUUCCCCCGCUUCCUUAUGCAUUGAAUUUUGGAGAUUUUGUGUCAAGUUGCGAUUUUAUAAUAAACGUGAAGUACUUGAAAUCAUACCCUUCCAAGUGUACAAAUAUGGUACUCUUUCUAAGCGAGCUGUUGUGACCUAUCACAGAUUUGCCGUUUUGGGGGAAUUCGAAAAUUUGUACUUUGAGUCUGGCAUGACCCAUGAAAAGAUGGAAAUGAAACCAUUAAAUAUAAACAACAAGGUAUUUCUGCGAUCUCCGAUUGACGAAAAUUCACUGAAAUUGGCUGCAGAAACUUUGGUGAAGUAUUCUUCCGCGGAUAACGUGGAAUUGAGGGAAAUUUUACAGAAUAAGAAAGUUCUUGUGAGUGCAAGAGGCACCGAACAAUCGUUAAAGACAUUAAAAAGUAUUCUGAACAAAAAACAAGUUUUUAUAGCUCAGUUAUUUAAAACUGGUAUAAUGCCUGAAUCCUGAACUUAGACAACAUUCAUCAGAUCACGGAUACAUACAUUACUCUUCAGGAUUUUGUGAACGUGUUUAUUUUAUGCAUAUCAAAAUGUUCAAGUGCAAUAAUUUCGCUCAACUAAAAGCAUGAUAAUAUUUCUUCAUAUUCACAAAUUUUAAUACUUGUUCUUUUCUUUUACCAUGCCAUCCGUUCUUUAUUUUGUACGAAAUUUUUUUAAACAAAAAACCUAUUAAACUUUUCUUUAUAUCCGUAA